UUUCUGUCACAAUUUCAAGGAAAGAAAUCGCUGUUUCUCAGACAGUCUCUAACCACAUCGUUCCACAGUGAUUGGGAAAAGUGAGUAGAUUAGCACCGGAAUUGUGCACAUCGUUGCCAAGCACGUGGGUGGGCUAAGGCUUCGCAGAGCUCGUCACUGUAGUCAUCUGAGACGCGAGAGCUUGGACGCAACAGAAUCGAUGCGAGGGCGUGACUUGCUUCCACACUGCAGGCGAAGAUUACUUGUCCAUGUACUGAAUCGUCGCUUCACCUCUGGCUCGACAUUCGUGAGUGAUUAGUUGGAGCCCACAAUUCCAAGUAGGCUUCGUGAUUGUGGAGUUCAUUGAGUGACAUGAGAAAGUUGUAGCGUUGCACUCCAAUUUUGGCGGCGAUUUGCAAUUGUGGGUUCAUAGUGGUGGUGGUGGUUGGGUGAUUGCUUGAUUCACGGCAAGGAGUUUUCUGCAUCGAGUUGGGGGUUCUUUGCCGCCAUGGCUGUUCCUUGCCACCUUCUUCGGCUCACUCCGGUUUUGCUGUCCCUGAUUUUGUAAAUAUUGCUUCGGAGUUGCGAGAAUAGAGGUUUUAGUACUGGGCCGAAGGAGUUUGGAGGAGUCCUUAGUCAUGGGGCAGACUUUCCGGAAGCUCUUCGAUUCCAUUUUCGGCAACAAGGAGAUGCGGAUCAUUUCGAGGCGGAGUCUGUGUUGUGAUGAGCAUUUCGGAAUUGGUUCAUGGUCAUGAUUCAAGUUGAAUGCGAUCCAAUUGAAACUAAGUGAAAUGGGAUUUCCUGAUAGUUGUUUAAAAUUCUUAUGUUUUUAAAAAUGUUAAUUGUUAUUAUUCUUUUUCUUUUCUGUCUUUAUUUCGUGGCGCUGGGUUUCUUUUACAUCUGCAAGAUGGCGCACAACUGUUACUUCUGUGUGGGGUUUUACUUGUUUCUGUACUCCUCCUGGAAUUGGAUUUGAAUUGUGCUAGUUAUGUUGAAUUAUGUUCGAUCAACCCUAAAUCCUCACACUCAUGAAAGGAACCGCACCUGCAAGUAUGUGAUUACACAUCCUGCAAUCGAGGUCGUCACGAUUAGAUGUAGGUAGAUUGGUAUCUAGCUAUGUGUAAAUUGCGAACGUGUUUAUGCAAUCGGUAUACAAUGGAUAGUCACUCGACUGUGAACGUUGCAAAACACUGUCAAUUUUGGGAAUCCUCAUCUAAAUUUGGUGCGUAUAGUGCGUUGUUCUACACGAGGGCUGAUCAUCUGGUUAUUAAGCUAAUGAAAUCCUUAGGCACCUCACUUGCUUGUUCGUGGAUUCCGUGGGUACGUGCACGCCUCGUCUUCCUCCCAAUGGUCGGAAGUGGGAAAUGGUUGUGAUGCUUGGUUUAGAUGCAGCAGGCAAAACCACCAUCCUCUAUAAGCUUCACAUUGGAGAGAUUCUGUCCACCGUUCCCACCAUUGGAUUUAAUGUGGAAAAAGUUCAAUACAAGAAUGUCGAGUUCACAGUAUGGGAUGUUGGAGGUCAGGAGAAAUUGCGGCCCCUUUGGCGGCAUUACUUCAAUAAUACUGACGGUUUGAUUUAUGUGGUUGACUCAUGUGAUAGAGAACGAAUCUCCAAGGCGGCAGCUGAGUUUCAGAAUGUCAUCAAUGAUCCGCUAAUGAGGAAUAGCGCCAUCCUUGUGUUUGCAAACAAACAGGACAUGAAAGGGGCUUUGAGUACUGCAGAGGUGUGCGAACAGCUAGGGCUCUUCAAUCUCCGGAAUCGACGAUGGCAAAUCCAAGGCACGUGUGCUCCUAAAGGUGAAGGCUUGUAUGAGGGCCUGGACUGGUUGGCCACCACUUUGAAACAAAUGCAAGCAUCUGGGAUUUCCACCUCUGUAAAGGCUGCCUGAAGUCUUAUGUAGCUUGCCAACAUAUCCUUGAGGGAGAGAAGAAAUUCUAAUACCUUGAUUUUGUGUGCUGUUGUAAUUAGUGGUUUGUGGGAGAUUUCUUGGUCUCCAUUUACGUGUAAGAAAGAUUACAUAUGUUAAAUAUGAAACACCGUUAGGCUUAGAUUACCUGCCACAGAUAAAAAGCUUGUGGAAAUUUGUGUGACUUCUGCCUAUUUUUGUAGUCUUGACACUGCAUACCUCCUCUGUGCCUAGUUCUCCGGAUUGGGCAUUCAUUGCAGCUGUUCAUCCUUAUCAUGUGAAAUUUAUACCCCGUCUUUUUCAAUA